UCAGAGACCUUAAAUAAACUUUUCCCGUCUUCUUUUUUUUCCUCUGGGAUCAGUGUUACACUUUUGGGAUUAAACAGAUCUUCCUUUGGUCCUGAAUGGAGGCAGGGAUCCACCCCGGUCCGGCCCUGAGGGCCCAGGGAGCCUGUUUGAUGGUCGCAGUCUGUCCCUGGUCCAGUUCCUCUGAUUGGCCGAGAUGGUAAGAAGGGGGAAAAUCUUGAAUUAAGCAGAUAAUCUCUUGUAGGGACGAGAGCGGCUCCAUUUCAGAGCCCCCUCCUUGAAUGCUGAAGUCCUGGUGAAGUUCUGGUGGCUCACUUUCCUCUUCAGCACAUCACAGUCAUCAUCCUCACCGGGCAGCAUGUUCAUGCACUUCGAGGUUUUUUAUUAUAUUUUUAUUCUUCUGGCUCACAUGAGGUCUUGCUGUUGCUGGUCAGUGAAUAAUUUCCUGAUGACUGGACCAAAGGCGUACCUGAUCUAUUCCAGCAGCGUAGCAGCAGGAGCCCAGAGUGGCAUCGAGGAGUGCAAAUACCAAUUUGCAUGGGAUCGCUGGAACUGCCCAGAGAGAGCCUUGCAGCUGUCCACGCACAGCAGUCUGCGCAGCGCCAAUCGGGAGACAGCAUUUGUCCAUGCUAUCAGCUCAGCUGGAGUCAUGUACACGCUAACCAGGAACUGUAGCCUUGGAGACUUUGACAACUGUGGUUGUGACGACAGCAGAAAUGGACAGCGGGGUAUGACAAGUGGCCAUGGUUGGCUGUGGGGCGGUUGCAGUGACAAUGUCGGCUUUGGCGAGGCCAUCUCCAAACAGUUUGUUGAUGCCUUGGAAACUGGGCAGGAUGCACGGGCAGCUAUGAAUCUCCACAAUAACGAGGCUGGGCGAAAGGCUGUGAAGGGGACAAUGCAGAAGACGUGUAAAUGCCAUGGUGUGUCAGGGAGCUGUACCACUCAGACCUGUUGGCUCCAGCUGCCAGAGUUUAGGGAGGUGGGCAACUACCUGAAAGAGAAAUACUACAGGGCACUGAAGGUGGAUCUCCUCCGAGGAGCAGGGAACAGUGCUGCCAUCCGGGGAGCCAUCACCGAGACCUUUAGUUCAAUCUCCCGCAAAGAGCUGGUCCACCUUGAAGAUUCUCCUGAUUACUGUCUGGAGAACCGUACUCUAGGUUUGCCAGGAACAGAGGGCCGCGAGUGCCUCAAGAGAGGCAAGAACCUGAGCAAAUGGGAGAAACGAAGCUGCAAGAGGCUGUGCGGAGAGUGCGGACUGGCCGUGGAGGAGCGCAAGUCUGAGAUGGUGUCAAGCUGCAACUGUAAGUUCCACUGGUGCUGCGCUGUGAAGUGCGAGCAGUGCAGAAAGACAGUGACCAAGUACUUCUGUGUGAAGAAAGGAGGCCAGAGGGGAAAGAACGAGAGUGCCAGCAGCCGUCGGAAGAACCUCAGACUGAGGAAGAUGCACUGAGCUGUUAAAAUGACACAGUCGUUUCUUUUUCUCUGCAGUCGUAUUUUUACGGCUGCACCUCCUGUCAGCACCUCCUCUCUCUGUGCAUGCUCCAAUAAUAUGAUAAAAAAAUUUCAGGCUGUCUUUAUUGUCAACUUUCUAUCACAGGAUAAUGACAGAAGGACGUGCACAACACUAUGUGAGAAGGGGAGCUUUUUCAUCUGUGUAGAAUAUUUGGUAUAAAUAUAUUUAAGAUAUAUUUUUAUACAUUUGACAACAUUUUGAAAAGGAACUGUGCACUGGAAAACUCAUUUUCUGCUUUAACACCAUGUUUUAUU